CCCCGCGCUCGGUGGAUGGAGGCCAGCGCCGCGCUGUUGACGUGCGGCGCGUAUCGAGUUUCGUGGCGCGGCACAGAGGCUGGGGCCCACGACGAGGAGGACGCCGCCGCUGCCGCCGCAGGCUCCGUCCGCAGUCGUCGUGCGGGGUGGUCCCCCCUCCCUCCCCCAUCCCCGUGCCCCCCCAUCACCCGCCGCCCUCGGUGGUCCGGCCGCAGCGUCGACCUCGCGGCAGCUGCGCGCCUCGGCGCACGGGGAACGGAGUUGAGGUCGCCGCAGCGGUAGCGGCGGCGGCGGCGACCACCACCACCAUGAACCCGCCGUGGAUUUCUGGCUGCGUCACUGCCGCGUUGAUCCUCGGGCUGCUGGGUCGGGGGCCCCGGGCCGCGGCCAGGCCCACUGAGGAGACGAGGACGCGCUGCUCCGCGCCCGACGAGGGCCUCCCGUGGCCUUUGCGUAACCCGUGCUUCCUCACGUGUCUCCGAGACCACUACUUCCCGCACGCGAUGGAGUCGGAGCGACUGAGCGCCUUCCCUCUGCGGCCAGACGCCGCUGGCUGCUGGACCCUGAACGCGGCCCUGGUCGCGACGUUCGCGCAUUCGGACUGCGCAGCGCGCGUCCUCAUCCAUGCUGAGUUCGCAGACCCGGGCUGCGCUUCCCCUCGCGGGGGGCCCUCGGCCAGUCUGGCGCCGCCCCAACCCAGCAAGCCGCCGAUGCUGGUGGAGGCGACCGGGGACCCUGGUGGGACCGCUCUUCUCCGCCCGCAGGAGCACCGCGCGGCAUUGGACCGGGAGCGCUACUGCGGCCACGGCUACGACGCCACGGGGGUGUUUGCGCUGGGGGCCCCGAUGCGCGUGUGUGGGCCCUGCGCGCCCUACAACUGGACCUUGCCCGGUGCCGAGUGCGAGAGGGGCCCUUACCCCCCGGUCCUCUGCGGACCCUUCAUCACCGUGCUUUGGGGGGCGUGCCACCCCGCAACCUCUUGUGUGCCGGUCGUGGACUAGGGGAAUCACCCCGCGUCUCUAUCUCCAAUGCUGGACUCCGGACUCGGGAGGAACAGUGGGGCCUCUUGGACAUGGGGGCGGAGGCCCCAGUGGUACCCGGGGGGGUUUCUACAAGUGAAGCACAGGGCCCACGUGGCUGCUGGAGUUGCGCCCCCACGCCUGUGGGAUAGUCCCCUCCCCCCCCGGUCCCAUGGUGUGGUUUUGGUUGAGGAGGCGACCUAGAGUUUGUGGUUGUAUUCGUGAUGGUGGGGUACGAAUAACAAUAAUAAUCUACACUGCUAUUAACGCCUUUCAUCCGGAGGUCACCACGUGGCAGGGUGAGAGGUGGUGCGAGGUAACUUGAGGCGAGAAGCUUAAGGGUGCAUGGGGUGAGAGUUUGUCGAGGUGAGUGUGGUGAGCAGCGCUCCAGUUAAGCUGCACAGUACGUGGUUAUGUUUGACAAUUAAUGAGUGCGAUAGUGACUGCACGGCGAUGCUGCUGCAGCUGAGCUCGCAUGGCAGAGGGAACAGAAUGGAGCAGAGGGAGGAGCGGCCUCAUGGCCCUCACGGCCCGGGUUCAUUUGGCCACACAUUCCUCUAGGCUACAGCGGUAGCAGUCGUUCCUUGUGAAAUACAAAUCAUUUUUAUAUAUAUAAAAUACUGGUUUAAAAAAAUGAUCAAAACGUUGCUGAAAUAUUCUCAUUGAAAAACUCUGUCGGGGCUUUUUUUUUUUACAGACCUCGCUCUUUGCACGGUAGUUGAACAGGAGGAGUUGAGUGAGAUCGCAGUCACCAUGGCUCUGGUCUAGCACUCCUCGCGCUGUGUUGAUCCAGCUCGCUCAGUGCUGUACAGUAACGUCGGGGUAACGUCGGGGUCACGUCGGGGUCACGUCGCGUCCUAACCCUGAAACUGUUAACAUCCAUCCCUCAACACACACGGGAGCUCUUGUCUGGAGCGCUCGAGUUACGACCCGGGGUGAGUGGGGUGAGCGACUCCAUCAAGAGAUGUUCUGGGUGAGUGAGAGGGGGUGGCUCGGGGUGUGUGGUGAGUUGGAGAUGAGGGGCGAGAGGGCCGGACUCACAGAGACUCUCGUGCCGGUGUGGAGUUCAGUGUUGGGCUGGCGAUUUAUUUGCCGCUUCAUGCCUAUUUCCCCUUGCCACGGCUCUCCCUGGAUCACUCACAACACAUUCCUCACCAUCACCCUCCCUGCAAUGCACUUUAGACUGAGGUUCCUCUGGGCCGGACUGUAGACGCGUCAUGAUUCUCCCACGUUGAGUUGAUUACCGCAUUCAUCGUCGUCUCAGCCACUCGUUUGUCUUUGUUUUUGCCCGACCCAUUGUUGGCCUAGGCGCGAAGUGGACUUGGAUUCGCUGCUGUCGCUGCUGUAUCUCUGCCGUAUUGUGGCAAGUUUCCGAUUUUUAAGCCCAGUUGCGUAUUUUAUUGCCAUAUUUCCAUAUUUAUAUUCAUCGCAUUUGCAUUUCCUUUUAUUGUUUAUUCGCUAAAAUGUAAUCAUGAUUUUAAAUAUUAAUAAUUUAAUGGGUUGAGAAGAGGUUUUCCCCUUUUUUCUGGAAACAAAACAGGUGUUAAGAUGUUAAAACACCAAACUGAAACCUUUUACAAGGAAUCGUGUCUGCAUUAACCACAAUACUUGUGGGCAGAAUGCAAACAAAAAAACAUACUCUGAUAAUAUUUGUAUUGUCUUUGAAACUGAUUGGUCCACACCAGAGACAGCUUUUUUUUGAGCCUCCUCUCAAACGGUGAGGACGCCAAAAGAAAGCUGUCACCGUUUGAGACGAGGCUCAAAAGAAAGCUGUCUCUGGUGUGGACCAAUCAGUUUCAAAG